AUGUCCUUGCAACAGUCAUUACCAUGGACGAAGAGUCCGCUCGUGAUCAAUGCUCCGAUGGGAGGCAUCGCCGGCGCUGACUUGGCUAUGGCGGUCUCAAAGGCUGGUGCUCUGGGCCAGAUAGGAGGUGUAAACGAUUUGAAAGACCUUGAAGCGCAAUUGACCAAAGUCGAGGAAGGGUUGGGUCGCGAGAAUGGCUUGCUUCCGAUUGGCAUAGGCCUGCUUUCAUUCAUACUGAAGUCGGACAACGUACUCCCGCUGCUCCAAAGGUUCAGGCCGGCCGUCGUGUGGCUUUUCGCCGCUCACAAAUUCGAGGACUAUGCCGUAUGGGCGAGAAAGGUACGACAGGCUUCGCCUCAAUCCCAGGUCUGGAUCCAGGUCGGCUCAGUGGAAGGUGCGUUAAAGAUUGCAACGAAUGCUCGGCCGGAAGUCAUGUGUAUCCAAGGCCUCGACGCUGGCGGACAUGGUUUCGAGAAAGGCGCCGGCAUCAUCUCUCUGCUGCCAGAGGUCAGCGAUGCUCUUCAGGCUGCCGGUCACAGCAUCUCACUGGUCGCUGCAGGUGGCAUUGCGGACGGUCGUGGAGCUGCUGCAGCAUUCGCGCUGGGCGCGCACGGCGUCGUCCUUGGUACGCGGUUCCUCGCUGCCACAGAGACGGAUGUGCAUCCGAAGUAUCGAGCUGCGGUUCUGGCUGCGACUGAUGGAGGGCAAGCGACUGUGAGGGCAAAACUAUUCGACGAGCUGAGAGGUCCAAAUCAAUGGCCCGUGCUGUACGACGGGCGCAGUCUUCGCACGGAAAGCUUCGCAGACCACGAGGGAGGAGUCGGCAUCGAUGAGAUCCGAGAUCGACACCGGGAAGCUGUCAAGUUGGGCGAUGCUGGAUAUGGUGAAAAUGGUAAAGGAAGAGCCGCAACAUGGGCUGGCACUGGAGUUGGCUUGGUCAGGAAGGAGCAGUCGGCGGCUGACAUGGUCGAAGAAGUAAGAGACGGGAUUGUCGCAGCAUUGGAUGCUGUGAAGGCGAGGUUGUAG